AUGGCCGAGGAUACCCCUGCUGCCUCGGCGCCCGCCCCCGACGCCGGUGAGUCGUCCGUCGAACGCGCUCCCUCUGAUGCCCAGCCCGCUGCUGCUGAGACUGCGCAAGAGCCUUCCAAGGAGAAGGAAGAGCAGCAGACCAAUGGUCCUGAGGACAAGCCAUCUGAGCCCGAAGCCGCACCAGCAUCGGAGGCCAACGGAACACCCGCAUCCGCUAAGAAGUCUGGCGCCGCGAAGCGGAAAUCGACUGGCACCGUGCCCGAGCACAAGUCUAAGCUGAGCAGAAAGAAGUCCCAGAUCCGUACCACACAUUUGAACGCACAGCCCGGCGAGUACUACCUGGCGCGUCUCAGGAGCUUUCCCCCAUGGCCCUCCAUCAUCUGCGACGAGGAAAUGCUCCCUCAAACUCUGUUGAACACGCGUCCCGUGACGGCUCAGCGCCCCGACGGAACCUACAGGGAGGACUACGCCGAUGGCGGCAAACGCGCUCACGAGCGGACCUUCCCAGUUAUGUUCUUUGAGACGAACGAAUUCGCGUGGAUCCCCAACACCGAUCUGACCCCUAUCGAUGCUGCUGGCUGCAAGGAGGUGUCGGAGAAGGGCAAGUCGAAAACUCUCUUGGCUGCGUAUGCUGUGGGUGCUGAGGGCCAUGACCUUCAGCACUUCAAGGACCUGCUGGCAGAUCACCAGCGUGCUCUGGAGCAGGAGAUCGAAGAAAGGGAGGCCCAGGCAGCUGCCAAGGCCGCCGCCAAGGCAGAGCGUGAGGCCAAGAAGAACAAGCGCAAGAGCAUGGACGUGGUCGAUGACGAAGAUGUCGACAUGGACGAUGCUGAUGAGGAGACGAAGAAGCCCAAGAGCACCAAGAAGCGCAAGAAGGACAACGACUCUGAGGCCCAGAGCGAUGAGAAGCCUGCGAAGACUCCCAAAACCACCACGAAAUUGAAGUUGACUACCCCCAAGACUCCGGCCAGUGAAUCUGGAAAGAAGGCCCCUGCUUCCAAGGGCAAGCAAACCGCAAGCAGCAAGAAGGCCGCUAAGGCUGCUGCUAGUGAUGAUGGAGAGGAGUCUCGCGCGGAAUCCAAGGAGCCCGAGAAGAAGCUGACUCAGGAGGAAGCCAAGGACAAGAAGGAGAAAGAGAUUCUCUUCAUCCGUCACAAGCUUCAGAAGGGAUUCAUUUCUCGCGACCAGCCACCCAAGGAGGAAGAAAUGACUCAAAUGUCCAACUUCUUCGGCAAACUUGAAAAGCACGCGGACCUUGAAGUCUCCAUUAUUCGUGCCACGAAGAUCAACAAGGUUUUGAAGAUGAUCGUCAAGCUCAGCUCCAUCCCUCGCGACGAGGAAUUCCAGUUCCGGGCCCGUGCGAUGAGCAUUCUGUCCAAGUGGAAGAACUUGCUGGAUGCGGAUGCCACCGGACCCUCGGAUGACAAGGAGAAGGGAGACAAGCCCAAGGCCAACGGUGUCCACAAGGAGAGCAGCGUUGAGACACCGGCUAAGGGUGAUACCGAGAACGAGAAGGAGGAUGAUACCAAGGAGAGCAAGGCUGACACUGCGGAGCCGCAGGAUGAGCCGAUGCCUGAUGCCGAUGCAGCAGAGAAGCCAGAGGCCCCUGAGCCGGCUACGGAGGAGGCUGAGAAGGAAGCUCCCAAGACCGAAGAGGCUACGACGGAGAAGGUAGCGGAGAAGUCUAGCGAAGAGAAGCCAACCGAGGGCAAGGCGACGGAGGAAAAGGCCGAUGCUGAGAAGACAGAGGAGAAGGCUGAUAAUGAGAAGACGGAAGACAAGCCGGUGGAGACAGCAGCAUAA